UAAUGGGAUCCUAUCGAUGGCUCCCCCCCUCUCCGAGGCUGAUCUCUGCACGGCGGAAUGUUAAUGUUGCCACAGCGUGUCGGUGUUGUCUUUGGCUGCUCCGAGUCUGGCUUUAUUGAUGUAAUCGGUCUGUAAUGUCAUGGAGCUUGACGGAUUUUAUUAAAAAGCAUACCGCAGUAGAGCAAAUCCUCGGCGACUGGCUGGACCAUGGAAGUUAUUCCCAUCACUCUGCACAUGUGUGAGGAGAAGUGUGUGCCCCAUGCUGCAUUAGUGUCUGUGUGAAAUGCUGGCCUGUCUGCCAGGGCCAGGUGACCUCCCCCUCCAGCUUCUCCCCCACACGCAGAUGAACACUGGACUUCAGAAAUGGGACACCACACAAAGGAUGAGAUCCGCUCCAUUUCCAACCCCCGCAGAGUUGGAUGCAUAUGCUAAGAAGGUUGCCAAUAACCCCCUCACCAUCAAGAUCUUCCCCAACAGUGUCAAGGUCCCCCAGCGGAAUCACGUGCGCCGAACGGUCAACGGGCUGGACACAUCGGGCCAGCGCUACAGCCCUUACCCCUCCUCUCAGGCCAGUGCCAAGACGGGACUCCUCGCCAUCGUCAAGGUGCCCACGUUCAAAGGCAUCCUCAAAGAUUUCGACGGCACUCGGGCUCGCUUGCACCCUGAAGUCAUGAUGAACCCUCCCGCAGGAUCCUAUCAAGGGGCUUCAACCAGCACUUUAAACCACCACCCACCUCUCCCGAGCCUCCCCCGGCCCCAGCAUAGUUUAUCCCUCCACCCGCAGGAGCUUCCUCAGACUUUACACAUGCCCCUCCCUCAGCAGCAGGCUCACGCCCAGAGCCUCAGACACCCGCCGCCGUUGGCCCAACACCAUCAGGGCCUGCCGAGAUUCCAAGCUCUGUCUCAGCACCCGAGCCUGGGCCAUCCGCAGGGCCCCCCUACCGUCAUGCUUCAGCAGGAGCACCUUCAACAGCAGCAGCCGCCGCCCGGCCUGCAGGGGAGCAGAAAGCUGCCGGAUGGCGACGCGCCACCUAACGUUACCGUCUCUACCUCAACCAUUCCACUUUCCAUGGUUGCCGGGCCUCACCAGGGCCGCCAGGCAGACCUGAGCACCAUUGUGCAUCAGCUCAACCAGUUUUGCCAAGCUCGGGCCCAAGGUGCAGUAGCCACCUCCAUGUGCGAGGGCCAGAUCGCCAACCCCAGCCCCAUCAGUCGCAACCUGCUUAUCAGUGCAUGCUCCAGGGUGUCCAUGCACAGUAACCCCGCCACCCCCGGCUUCCCGCCUCACUGCAUUAUUGGCCCUCAAGAAAAAGCCUCAGCCCCGCCCAGCGUUGUUGCUGUCAACCACAUGCCUUCCAACCACGCUGAUCUCAAGCAGCAGCAGCAACACCUGCAGCAACACCUUCAUCUACAGCAGAAGCAGCAGCAGCAGCAGCAGCAGCAGAAGAUGCACUGCUGGAAUCAGCAUCAGUUGGCUCACAUCCCCCAAAUUCAGAACGGAGGGACGCAUCGCUGCAAACAGCCUUCCAGGGACCUGUCCCUUCAUUUCAAGGGCAUGGGCUACCCUACAGAUGUGAGUGCGGGUCAGCCGUACUUGCUGAAGCCUCCCGUGGAGAGGCCCACCCCGUCCCCUCCCGUCAACAGCAGCAUGCCUUGCCCCAUGGCCCACUACACUAACGGCCACUACUUCCAGUCCCACAUUUGGAACAGCAGCAUCCUCCCCACACCCAACAGCGACAGCUCCGGGUCUCAGGACGUAGCCAUGCCUUUCCAUGGUGCAGGCCCAGGAGGGUGUACCACACUAGACUGUGGGCCCCCUGGGGCUCCCCAUUACAGGAUAGGAGCAAGCUCCGCAACCUCCUCCUCCUCCGCCCAGACUAAUCUGAUGCAAACUGCAGAUUACAUGGGAGGGGACUUCCAGACGCCCUACUUCCGCGAUCAGAAUCUAGGGUUGAUGGGCAAGAUGCACAGGCCUCCUCUGAGCAGGGCAGGUCCAGAAGCUGGGGAUGGCAGAACCGCUCUCAUCCAGCAUCCAGGGUACAGAUAAGCUAUGGCCUUGUUUCCUCAACAGUUUCCAACCCCCUUUGUUUAGUCUUAAGAAAGGAAACACAAAUAAAACCAACUGAUUACUUAAAGGACAACUAGUAUUAAAGAGGGUGAAAUAAUAUAUUUAAUGCAGAACAGUAGUUUGUUUUUCGUUGUUUUUUUUUAUUAUUAUUCAUCUUGCAAGUGAUCAAUUGCUACUUUUAGUUUUGUUAAUGAGUGCUUUUUCCCCCCUGGCACUUAAGGAAACUUUUGAAUGUGUGAGUGUGUGUACACAUCUGUACUGUUGACUGAUCCAUAUUAUUUGUGUAUCCAGAUCUUAUUUCUAUGUCAGCCUGUUUGGUAAAGUUUUCUUAAGCAUGUAAGAAGUAAAACUGAUCCAUCUCUGAAACAUGGCAACAUCUGAUCAUGUCUGGAUCCCCCCCUUCCCCUUCGACUUAACAGGAUUAUCUCUGGAUCUUUGGCUAUGACUAGUUUUCUAGACUAGAUUUAAACACGUAUGAUUACAUACAAUCACUUCAGGACAAAAGAGACAGCAAUGAUCUUGUGUCAGUGCAAGGCCAUUGGACAGGGACUAUAAUAACUUGGAGUCUGCACAUGUCAACAGAAGUUUUAUUCUGUUUAAAUGUAUUUAUUUAUAUGUAUAAUAGGAAUAUUAAAGAUUCAUUCUUCUUAGCCAGUAAAGGGAGCAUGUUAUCAGGUUGUUUGUAUGUUUAAACAGUUCUAGCAAAGGAGCACAUAUGUUGAAAAGAUGAUGCUCUAUACUGCUUCAAAUGCUGCAAAGAAUUCAGGUGUUUAAAAAAAACAACUUUUUAUCAGUGCCAAGGUUGGCAAUGAGAUUCUGAAGCGUUAAGGUCGGAGAGAGAGAAAGAGAAAGAGGUUCGCUCCGUGACCUUACAAUGGCCAAAGUCGGGUCAACGAGGACAUGCCAGUAUCAAGUUGUGCCAUUUUUACAGGAUAGUUUUUGUGUCAAAUGUAUUACUUGAAUGUUGAGUUUUUGUUUUGCAGGCGUUGAAAGGGAUUUGUUGGACGGAGUUCUGAGAUAGAAGACGUACUUGUUAACACUGUCGUGCAGAAGCUCAAUCAAAACUGUUUUAAACCCCCCCCCCCAAAGACGGGGAUUUGUCAGAGUGGAGUCGUGUGUAGUAGCUACUGAUUCAGAUGUGAAGACUGCUCCAAGAGGCCAAAUUGAUCACUUGCAAGAUCACUUGAAGGUAAAUGAAUCAGAUGUUUGAGUUUAAAGUGAAACAGCAAAUGCAUUGUUUAUUUUAUCUUACACUGGCUUACCUAUUAGACUACUGUAAUUUUAAAAGAUGAUAAAUGAUGAUUGUGUGCGAAUGCUGUCCACAGACGUGGGCACAGUUAAGUGUGUGUAUGUGUGUGAGCGCGUGUAUAAUAACACAAUGACACCCAUGUUUUGUUCACUGAAUUCCCUAACAGCCCUUAAAAAGCCUUAAGUGUUCAGUCCUUGGACUUUCCUUUGAAAAUGAGCAUGGUUUUAAUAAAAAACCCAAAUACUGAGAAAGAAGAUGGUAAGAAUACACAGAAACAGCAAUUGUUUAUUUUAUUUUAUUUUUUUUGCCUUUUUAUUUCGAUGAAGUCUUUUCAUAGAGAGCAAUUUCUUAGCAAUUCUUUAUAAUGGAAAGCAGGAACAUGAGUAAUAUUUUGUAAUUAUAUGUUUUUAGCCAUGUGUAGUUACUGAGCUGUAACUUUUUUCCAGUUUCAAAGCUUCAGUUUGCGGUUGUGACUAUUUAUGAUACUUGAUUUGCUUGUUAUUUAAAUUUUAUUUUCUUCUUUGUUCCUUGGUCUAUUGCUGUGAAAAAGGAAGAAGGUCCACAAGCCUUUCUUUUGUGUCAUUCUGUACGACAGAUAAAGAGGCAAAAGCGUGAGAGCUGUGCUACUCUUUUUGUAAUAUUGUAAUAAUAAAAUAAAGUUCUAAUUUA